CGCUGGUAAAAUCAGGCGCAGGCGUUAAGAAGAUUGUUGUAAAAAAUGUUAUAAUUUUUAUUUAAGUUUAAUAAGGUUUUACCUUUAAGAAUAUUGGAAAAAUGCCUUCGGUGAGUUUAAUCCGGACCCUAGGACUCGCAAUUUCUCAACAACAAAAAUUAAUCUUGACGGAGAACAAAAAAUUAUCAUCCUUUUGUCAGGUUUGUCAAAAAGCGCGACAUAACCUCGCAUUUUCUCGCGAAAUCAAACCAGUUGCGGCAAAUUUAAAAAGGUAUUAUGGAAAAGAGGCCCCAAAACUAGCUCAGAAAGAAGGUGGCGAUAAGAAACACGUUAAUAUAGGGACAAUAGGACAUGUUGAUCAUGGUAAAACAACUCUCACUGCGGCCAUAACGAAAUAUUUAGAAAAAGAAGGAUUAGCUAAAUAUAUAUCAUACGAUGAGAUUGAUAGAGCCCCAGAAGAAAAAGCAAGAGGAAUAACAAUAAAUGCAUGCCAUGUUGGUUACAGUACAAAAACUCGUCACUAUGCUCACACAGACUGUCCAGGUCAUGCUGAUUAUAUCAAGAACAUGAUCUCUGGGGCCUCGCAAAUGGAUGGAGCUAUUCUAGUUGUUGCAGCCACUGAUGGACAGAUGCCUCAAACUAGGGAACACUUAUUGUUAGCCAAACAAGUAGGAAUUACAAAGAUAGUUGUUUAUGUUAAUAAAGCAGACUUGGUGGAUAUGGAGAUUUUAGAGCUUGUAGAGUUGGAAAUAAGGGAACUUCUUGAAGAUUUUGGAUUUGAUGGUAGUAAUUGCCCUGUUAUCUUUGGUUCAGCCUUAGAGGCGCUGAAAGGUGUUGAUACUGAUAUAGGAAGCAAAUCUAUACAGAAAUUAUUAGAUACAAUCGAUUCAUAUAUCCCGUUCCCGGAAAGGGACUAUAAAUCACCAUUUAUUUUACCAAUUGAUAAUGCAUUUCUUGUACCAGGUCGAGGAACAGUUCUUGUCGGUACUAUUAGUAGAGGUGUAAUUCACAAAAAUAAAGAGGCAGAGUUAUUGGGUUUUGAUGUGAAAUUAAAAACUACCAUGAUUGAUAUACAGGUGUUUAAAAAAAGUGUGCCAGAAGCAAAAGCUGGAGAGAAUGUCGGUACUUUGGUUCGUGGUAUAAAGCUCAAAGAUGUGCGAAAAGGCAUGCUACUAUGCGCUCCAGGUAGUCAACAGCUAACCAACAGGUUUAAAGCUAGCAUUUACUUUUUAACCAGAGCAGAAGGAGGCAGGUCCAAACCAAUACUAGGCAAAUACUGUCAACAGUUAUUUAGCAAAACAUGGAGCAUAGCUUGUAGAAUUGAUAUGGAUGAUGGAAUCAGUAUGAUAAUGCCUGGAGAACAUGGGAAAGUAAAAUUAACACUUUUAAACAAAAUGGUUAUGACCUCUGGUCAGCAAUUUACAAUUAGGGAGAAUAAUAUAACUGUGGCUACUGGAAUUGUAACUGAGACAUUGCCAGAUGUCAAUAUGACCACUAGUUUAGGGAAAUUAGUAUUAGAUUAAAAUAAAAGAUUUU